UGUGUGCACUUCCUGCACCGGGGCGGGAGGGCACAGGUGAGAGGCGCGUGGUGGGCACCAACUCUACCUACCUGCUUUCUUCCCCUCCCCUUCCUGCUCAGUCGCAGAGGAACCCGUUAUCUGCCCUCUGCAGUCGCCCCAGAGAGUGUGAUCGUGACAUUGCCAGAACACCCAGCUGCUGGCUCUCUGGAACCUGGCGUUAUUUCUUUUCUUUUUUGUUAUUCCAAGGCAGGGUCUCACUACAUCGUUUUGAUUGUCCCGAAACUCACCGUGUAGACCAGGCUGGCCUUGAACUCACAGAGGUACCAGCCCAAGGCUGGGGUUAAAGGCCUGCACUCUUACUCCCUGCUGGCACGUUAUUUCUGAACUUGCCGCUCUCACGGCAGCAGGCACUGCCCUCCCUUUACGGUAUGCCCUGGCGCCAAGCCCAGCCUAAGUGCUCAGGAAGCGACUCUGAGCCGUCACCGACUAGACCUUGAGGAGUCUUGGCCAGUGAGCUCUAGCCUUUCCUCCCUGUUCACCUCCUUUAAGGCUUUCUCUUCUCAGCUCUGGAUUCCCUGAGCCUCCCUGCGUCCCUGAGCAGCGCCUCUGUUAUUCCACAAAGUUCAUGCAGGAAGGCUCCCCAGGAAAUGGCUUUCAAGCUGGGCCAGAAGCCAUGCAAAAUUCAGUAUUCAGUGCAAAGGGGAGCUGAGGAGGGUUGGGUCUGCAGGUCAGGAUGCCCCACCCAGCCACACAGGGACAGUUGCUGAGAAUUGUCACUGCCCUUCCACUUCCCAGCUCAACCGGACCCUGUUAUAUCAGGCGUCACCACACGCUUUUGUGGGGGCAGGGGCUCGUUUUUCGUUCUAUUUCCUUCUCAUAACCACCCUGCCCGUCACAUGGGGGAGGGGGCUCUAUGGAGCAUCUGGUGGCCAAGUCCCCUGCUCCAGCUGGUGACACCGGGAGGCUGGUGGAACUUUCCCAGCCUCAAUUUCCUCUGUGAAAGGCCAUGGUCUAUGUCUGGGUCACAGAAAACCAGGCAAUCAGCGUAGCAUUUGGGGCGGUGGGUACCGGAAGCGGCUUGAACUCCAGUUUCAGAAAUAGACACCACGCCCAGGGCAGAGGAGGCGGUAACCCCUUUCCUCAGUGGGAGAUGGGGAGCAGUGAACCGAGGCUGGGAGGAGGGGAUUACCCAAUCCCUCAUGGAGUGGCUGAGGACUGGUAAGUAACGUUGGGACGUGAGUGGGUUUGGAAAUACUGACCCGUUUAGAAACUUGGAGAAACCGAGUCCUACAAAAAUUAGGGGCUCCACCUAGGGAUCGUAUCUAUCCAAAUACUCGGCUGCGCCCACUUUGCUCAGACUUCAGGGUGGAGUCCGAAGCUGGCGGGCACAGGGCACUGUUUUGGAUGGGCGGGGCCUACCCGCGGGCGGGAGCAAGUCACGUGACCUGCUGGGCCCGCUGCCACGUGGGCGGGUAGUGGGGCCACCUCCAGCUGCCAGCCUGGGAACUAUCAAAGGUUGCCCCCUGGACCUUAAUUACUGUCUGUUAAUGACGUCUGCUGAUCAAGCCGAGACUGCGCGGUUGCCCGCGGCGGGUACGCGCACAGAUGGCCUGUUUGGGCUUCCAUAGGCUGCUCUAGUCUCUGAGCUCCCUUAGGGCUGCAGCUGGGCUGAGGGUGUACCACAGCCAUGGCUCAGCCACUGACUUUAGUCCUCAAUGUCCCAGAGACCACGGGGGAUGAGGACCUGGAGCCCAGCCCCUACGAAGAGAGCGAAGUACACGACUCCUUCCACCGGCUCAUUCAAGAGCAGAGUCUUCGGGUGGCCGAGGAGGGUCUGGAGCUGCUGCCCCUGGCUCCAGACAGAGGCUACCAGACCCUCCCCAGGCCUGAAGGUGCCCCCACGCACAGCACGGCCACUCUCCGCAUCUUGGCCAGCAUGCCUAGUCGCACCAUUGGCCGCAGCCGAGGGGCCAUCAUCUCCCAGUACUACAACCGCACUGUGAGGCUGCGGCGCAGGAGUAGCCGGCCCCUGCUGGGGAACGUGAUACGCUCUGCCCGGCCCAGCCUUCGCCUCUAUGACCUGGAGCUGGACCACACCAUCUUGGAGGAGGAUGAGAAGCGGAGCCUGCUAGUGAAGGAGCUUCAGGGUCUGUCGGUGGCCCAGCGGGACCACAUGGUCCGGAACAUGCCUCUGAGCCUGGGUGAGAAGCGCUGGCUUCGAGAGAAAAGUUGGAGCCCAAAGGGAAAGCGGAGGAGCCCGCAGGACCGAGGUGGGGCCUUCUCCUGCUGCAGCAGGCUUGGAUACAGCUGCAUUCUGGCUCUGCACAGCCUGGGGCUGGUACUGGUCUCAGGACUGUAUGCUGCCAGGCCAUGGCGCUACGCUCUGAAGGAGAUCGGCGGUCAGUUUGGCUCCAGCGUCCUCUCCUAUUUCAUCUUCCUCAAGACCUUAUUGGCCUUCAAUGUGCUGAUGUUGCUGCCUUUGCUGGGCUUCCUCGUGGGUGUGCAGGCUGCCUUCCCGCCUGACCCACCAGACCCGGUCCCUGCCUGCUCUGGUCUAGAACUCCUCACAGGCAGGGGCUGUUUCACACACACGGUCAUGUACUACAGCUACUACAGUAACGGCACGCUGAGCCAGUCAUGUGACUCCUCACGGGACAGUGGCCGGUGCAGCCCCAGGUUGGGCAGCUUGCCCUAUAACAUGCCGCUGGCCUACCUCUUCACGGUGGGGGCCACCUUCUUCAUUACCUGCAUCACUCUGGUAUACAGCAUGUCCCACUCCUUCGGGGAAAGCUACCGGGUCGGCAGCACCAAAGGCAUCCAUGCUCUUACGGUCUUCUGCUCCUGGGACUACAAGGUGACUCAGAAGCGGGCCUCCCGUGUCCAGCAGGACAGCAUCUGCACCCAGCUGAAGGAGCUGCUGGCUGAGUGGCAACUACAGAAGCACCCCCGGAGUGCAUGUGGGCAGCUGUGGCAGGCUGCCAUGUUAGCUCUGGGAGGGCUGCUGUGUCUGGGCACCACGAUGGGCUGUGCAGCGGCUGUCCGCACCUUCUCAGAGGUCAUGAUGCAGAGACCCGCUGCUGGCGGCCAGGGGGUGGGGCUGCUGGCCCUGCCCCUGGUGGUCAGUGCCCUUAAUCUGGGUGCCUCCUACCUGUUCUGUGGCCUGGCCACCCUGGAGCGGCAUGACUCCCCCGUGUUGGAGGUGUACAUGGCCAUCUGCAGGAGUCUCAUCCUGAAGACGGCUGUCCUGGGCGUGCUCUGCUAUCACUGGCUGGGCCACAGGGUGGCUACACUGCAGGACGGGUGCUGGGAGGAGUUUGUGGGCCAGGAGCUGUACCGCUUCCUGGUCGUGGAUUUCAUCUUCAUGCUCUUGGACUCCCUUUUUGGGGAGCUGGUGUGGAGGCUCAUCUCUGAGAAGCUCAAGAGGAGGCAGAAGCCCGAGUUUGAUAUUGCUAGGAAUGUUCUGGACCUGAUUUACGGGCAGACACUGACCUGGCUGGGUGUCCUGUUCUCACCGCUCCUGCCCGCAGUGCAGAUACUCCGGCUGCUGUUCCUUUUCUAUGUCAAAAAGGCAAGCCUGAUGGCCAACUGCCAGGCACCUCGCAGGCCCUGGCUGGCAUCACACAUGAGCACCGUCUUCCUCACCCUGCUCUGCUUCCCAUCGUUCCUGGGCGCAGCUGUUUUCCUCUGCUAUGCUGUCUGGCAGGUGAAGCCCUCAAGCACUUGUGGUCCCUUCCGAACUCUGAACACCAUGUAUGAGGCAGGCACAGUCUGGGUGCGUAGUCUGGAGCGUGCUGGCUCCAGGGGCUCCUGGUUGCCCUGGCUGCACCACUUCCUGGUGGAGAACACUUUCUUCCUUUUCCUGGUGUCGGCCCUGCUGCUGGCUGUCAUCUACCUCAACAUCCAGGUGGUGAAAGGGCAAAGGAAGGUCAUCUGCCUACUCAAGGAACAGAUCCGGAACGAGGGAGAGGACAAGAUCUUCCUGAUCAACAAGCUUCACUCUGUUUACGAGGGGGAGCAGAGCAGGCCUGGCAGAACCGAGGCCACCACAUCAUCUGCCCAGUUUGUGGAUGGAGGGGACAGUCACCAUGACCCUGCAACAGAGGCUUGGACCUGAAGUCCCUACAGGACACAGCACUAGAGUAACUUUCUUUGUCACCAACUUCUCGAGGUGAUGGUGGAGCAAGGAUGUGGGGUUACUCCAAGGACUCUGUCCUACCUGGGACUCCCUUCCCCAAGGUUCUUCAAUUUAUUUAUUUUGAAGACAGGAUCUAUCUACACAGCCUUGGCUGUCCUGAGUUCACUAUGUAGACCAGGCUGGCCUUGAUCUGCCUGCCACAUACUGGAAUCAAAGGCAUGUGCCACCACACCUGGGUUUACCCAACUUUUUUUUUAUUAUUAUUAUUCUAAUUAAAUGGGUUUUGCAAUCUGGA